AUGUCAGCCAGAGAUUGCUACGAACUUGGCCACGAAAACUGUGCCACAGACAACCGCUGCGUCCUCGAGUACAAUGUUGAAAACGAACACCCCACAUGCGUUCCACGCCAAAUGCAUCGCCUGCUUACUGAUCACGAGGUUCGUGUGUUGGAAAGAGUCUUUGAACAGGUUCUUCUGCAAUUUUUUCGUCCUGAAAAUACAGCCUCAAACGUGCUCGAUCAGUCUAUACAGCGUCUUGCUCACGAGCUGAGGCCGAGAGUGGAGUGGAACAUUCGGAGUCUCACGGCGCAGGGGAACAUCGCGUCGUGGAUGAAUGGUGUGGCCAAUGUGUCGCAAGAUAUCAUCCGCGAAGUCAAUCAACGAAGUCCGCGGCUACAGCAAUCGUCUCUGCAACAAGUUUCCCCGAGCGAUCAAGAGAGGAUAGCGUCCGCCGUUCGUCGAGUACAGCACGAACGUCGCAGACUGAUGGCUAUCGACAGAGAUGUAAGGCGUCGACAAAUCCCGGGAUGGCUCAUUCGACGUCGAGCACGGGAAGCACGGGAAGCACGGCGAGAAGAAGAAGAAAGGAGAGAACGCCUUGCACAACGUGAACUUGAUGAGGCGAAUGUAGAGUUGAUGGCUAAUGCCCUCGUGUGCGUCAUCAUAUGUGCACUGAUUCUCCACAUUGAUGUGAUUUACCCGAUACUUGGUGAAUUUUUCUUUUGA